ACCCUUUCCCCCCUCCAGUUGGUGUCCACGCUCCGCGAGAUCACCUCGGGGAUGUCGUACCUGGCCGAGGCCGGGAUGUCCCCAAUGACCCCAAUACUGACCCCAAUGACCCCAAUGACCCCAAUACUGACCCCAAUGACCCCAAUGACCCCAAUACUGACCCCAUGGUGACUCUGUGACCCCCAGGGCCGUGAGGGGACGCUGUCCCCGCUGCAGUUGGUGUCGAUGCUGCGUGGGAUCGCCUCGGGGAUGUCGUACCUGGCCGAGGCCGGGUUCGUGCACCGGGAUUUGGCCGCUCGGAACAUCCUGGUGGACGCUCACCUGGUCUGCAAAGUGUCCGACUUCGGCCUCUCCCGAGCCCUCCAGGGGGACGGGGCCAGUGACCCCACCUACACCAGCUCCAUGGGUGGGAAGAUCCCGAUCCGCUGGACGGCCCCCGAGGCCAUCGCCUUCCGCACCUUCACCUCGGCCAGCGACGCCUGGAGCUACGGGAUCGUCAUGUGGGAGGUGCUGAGCUUCGGGGAGAGGCCCUACUGGGACAUGUCCAACCAGGACGUGAUCAAUGCCAUCGAGCAGGAUUACCGUCUGCCCCCCCCGGCGCGGUGCCCCCCCGCCCUGCACCGCCUGAUGUUGGAGUGUUGGCAGCGCGAGCGCCGCGCCCGCCCCACCUUCCCCCGCAUCGUCCACGCCCUCGACCGCCUCAUGAGGCACCCCCAGAGCCUCAGGGUCACCCCCACGGACCCACACAGGGACGUUCUGAGCGCGGAGGCGUCGCCGGCCGAGCACCGGCAGCGGAUCCUGGAGGGCGCCCGGAGCCUGCAGAGCCCCCCCAAAGGAGACCCCCGGUGCUGAGACCCCCCCCCCAGCCCAGCCAGGCCCAGCCUGGGGCAAGAUGGC